AGCAGCAUCCCACCCAGUCUCCCAGACCUUUCGUGGUUAAAACCCUCACAACUAGUUCACACACACUGCCCUCACCACCGUCCACUCAGUCGAAAGUUGCUCACUCUUUAACAUCAUUGUCAUUUCCCGAACUGUCCCUCUCACAAAUUCGGAGACGUGGUGACUAGUAUAUACUACUAUACCCGUAUUUAUAGAGAUAGAGAUAGAGAUAGAGAGAGAGGGGUUGUCGGUGUAGGAAAGAGGUGUGAAAGCCAAGCUGCAGCUGCACUGAAGCAACUUCUGUAACUGAUUUCAUCUAAAAACAUUUAUAUAUAGCGAGAGAGUAUUCAGUGACUAAGAUGGCAAACAUAGACAUUGAGGGAAUCUUGAAGGAACUUCCGAAUGACGGCCGCAUCCCUAAGACGAAGAUUGUGUGCACCUUGGGCCCAGCUUCUAGGUCCGUGCCAAUGCUCGAGAAGCUCCUACGGGCAGGGAUGAAUGUUGCUAGAUUCAACUUCUCACAUGGGACCCAUGAGUACCAUCAAGGGACCUUGAACAAUCUCAGGACUGCCAUGCAGAACACCCAGAUCUUAUGUGCUGUCAUGCUUGAUACUAAGGGACCUGAGAUCCGAACUGGUUUUCUAAAGGAUGAAAAACCUAUUCAACUCAAGGAAGGUCAAGAAAUCACUAUAACCACCGAUUACAGCAUAAAAGGGGAUGAGGAAAUGAUCUCUAUGAGCUACAAAAAAUUGCCCGUGGACUUGAAGCCUGGAAAUACAAUCUUGUGUGCAGAUGGCACCAUUACCCUCACUGUCUUGUCAUGUGAUCCAGCUUCUGGAACAGUGAGAUGCCGUUGUGAGAACACUGCUACUCUGGGUGAGAGGAAGAAUGUGAAUCUUCCCGGUGUUGUAGUGGAUCUUCCUACACUUACAGAGAAGGAUAAGGAAGACAUCUUGGGAUGGGGUGUUCCUAACAAUAUUGAUAUGAUUGCUCUCUCAUUUGUUCGCAAGGGCUCGGAUCUUGUUAAUGUUCGGAAGGUCCUUGGGCCCCAUGCCAAGCAUAUACAACUGAUGUCCAAGGUCGAGAACCAAGAAGGAGUUAUCAAUUUUGAUGAAAUCUUGCGGGAGACAGACUCUUUCAUGGUUGCCCGUGGUGAUCUUGGGAUGGAAAUCCCGGUUGAGAAGAUUUUCCUGGCACAGAAAAUGAUGAUAUACAAGUGUAAUCUUGUUGGCAAGCCAGUGGUAACUGCCACUCAGAUGCUUGAAUCCAUGAUCAAAUCUCCCCGGCCAACCCGUGCUGAGGCAACUGAUGUGGCUAAUGCUGUCCUUGACGGCACUGAUUGUGUCAUGCUUAGUGGGGAGAGUGCAGCUGGGGCCUAUCCGGAGAUAGCUGUGAAAAUCAUGGCUCGAAUUUGUAUCGAGGCAGAGUCAUCGCUCGACUACGGGGCCAUCUUUAAGGAGAUGAUAAGGUCGACUCCAUUGCCGAUGAGCCCAUUGGAGAGUCUUGCAUCCUCAGCUGUUCGUACGGCUAACAAGGCUAGAGCAAAACUCAUUGUUGUUUUGACGCGUGGUGGGAGCACAGCCAAGUUAGUUGCCAAGUACAGACCGGCUGUGCCAAUUCUGUCAGUGGUAGUACCAGUUUUGACGACAGACUCUUUUGAUUGGAGCUGCAGUGAUGAGACUCCGGCAAGGCAUAGCCUGAUAUACAGAGGCUUGAUACCACUUCUUGCAGAAGGAUCUGCAAAGGCCACUGAUGCAGAAUCCACUGAGGUGAUCUUAGAAGCUGCCCUGAAGUCGGCAAUACAGAAGCAGCUGUGCCUGCCUGGUGACGCAGUUGUUGUGCUUCAUCGAAUUGGAGCUGCCUCAGUCAUUAAGAUAUGCUUAGUGAAGUGAUAUGGAAUAUGAAGCAUAUGCCUAUUAUGUCUAAAUAUGUGUGGUUACUGCAAUGGUUAACAUGGACCUCAAUUUUGCUUUGUUCUCUAUUGAGUUUAAAUUUGCAGUUUGACUAUGUUAGGAUUUUAUUAUCGUCCAGUUUUCUUGAGCUAUGUUUUAAAUUAUCUCUAGAUUGGUCCCAUUCUGUUUUUACGUCUUAUUGAAGGUUAUGGAACAUAUAUAUUUCUAUGACAUGCAUUUGAAAUAAGAGCAGAGCCUUCUUAUAAGUAUUA